CCUCAACCCUGCCUCCGUUAAUCGCAGCUCAAUUUUUUAGCGGAGCCCUUAGCGCCUCUUUUUUUCUAUCCUUAUCGGGUUUAUCUAUACAUCGAUAGGCGCAUGCCCUGAAUUUUAUCAACUUAUUAGACACAAGGACCGGAUCUUUUCGAGACUUGUUGAAUGUUUUAGUUCAGAUAUAAUUUGAGUCAUAAGGGCGCAAAGGAUCCAUAUCCCCCUAGAAGCUCAAUUGACUUCAAUUGGGAGUAGGGAGCUCCAAAUUCUGGUCUCGCAAGACCUCGUCCCUUUUAAAUCUCCCCAACUUCACGAGCAUCUCACGAGCAACCUCACGAGCACCUCACGAGCACUCAUAAGCUCCUAGCUUGCCAUGGCUCUCUCAACCAAAUUCGCGGGUCGAGCACCUGCUUUGUUGCGACAUGCCCGACAACUACCUAUCACCCGGAGACCACUUACCACAGCGAGUCUCCGGGCUCCUUCUCAGCUUCUCUCCACCCGAAAAGCUGGGUUCUCACAAGGGAGGAAUUUCUCUGUCACAGCCCUCUGCUCUGCCGGAAAUGCAGCUACUGCUCAAGAGGCGCCAAACCCAAAAGCCUACUUGGAGAGUGGCGUCAUAAAACCAAGAGACGUCGUGGAUGUUAAGAAGGUGUUAGUCAUUGGCAGUGGUGGUUUAGCCAUUGGACAAGCUGGAGAAUUCGAUUAUUCAGGAUCACAGGCGCUUAAGGCUCUUAAGGAGGCCGGUGUGGCAUCUGUCCUCAUAAACCCUAAUAUUGCCACUAUCCAGACCAACCACGUCCUCGCUGACGAAGUAUAUUACCUUCCUGUCACCCCUGAGUAUGUAUCCUACGUUAUUGAGAGGGAACGACCUGAUGGUAUCUUCCUGUCCUUUGGUGGACAGACUGCGCUGAACCUGGGUGUGCAACUACAGCGCAUGGGCAUAUUAGAGCGAUAUGGCGUCAGGGUUCUCGGCACGAGUGUUCACACCUUGGAGUUGAGUGAGGACAGAGACUUGUUUGCCAAAGCCCUCAACGAGAUUGACAUUCCAAUUGCGAAGUCAAUUGCCGUUGGCACCGUUGACGAUGCUCUAGAUGCUGCUAAUAAGGUCGGAUAUCCUAUUAUCGUCCGUGCUGCCUACGCGCUGGGUGGUCUAGGUUCUGGUUUUGCCAACAAUGAAGAAGAGCUUCGUAACAUGGCAGCCCGCUCUCUAACUCUCUCGCCGCAAAUCCUCGUCGAGAAGUCGCUGAAGGGCUGGAAGGAAGUUGAGUACGAAGUCGUCCGUGAUGCAAACAACAACUGCAUUACUGUUUGUAACAUGGAAAACUUCGACCCCUUAGGAACUCACACGGGUGACUCGAUUGUUGUUGCGCCCAGUCAAACACUCAGCGACGAGGAAUAUCACAUGCUUCGAUCGGCUGCUAUCAAGAUCGUCCGCCACCUCGGUGUUGUUGGCGAGUGUAACGUCCAAUAUGCUCUUCAGCCAGACGGUCUUGACUACAGGGUGAUUGAGGUCAACGCCCGUCUUUCCCGUUCAUCUGCCCUUGCCUCAAAAGCUACUGGCUACCCACUAGCAUACACUGCGGCGAAGAUUGGUCUAGGUCAUAGCUUGCCUGAGCUACCAAACGCUGUCACCAAGACCACGACUGCCAACUUUGAGCCUUCUCUUGAUUAUAUCGUAACGAAGAUCCCCCGUUGGGACUUGUCUAAGUUCCAGCACGUCAAGCGUGAUAUCGGUAGUGCUAUGAAGUCUGUCGGAGAAGUUAUGGCUAUUGGCCGAACUUUCGAAGAGUCAUUCCAAAAAGCUAUUCGCCAAGUUGAUCCCAGGUUCGUUGGUUUCCAAGGCGAUAAAUUUGAGGAUCUUGACUAUGAACUCUCACACCCAACGGACCGUCGGUGGUUAGCUGUCGGCCAGGCCAUGCUCCAUGAGGGUUACACAGUUGAGAGAGUCCACGAAUUAAGCAAGAUCGACAAGUGGUUCUUGUACAAGCUUCAGAACCUUGUUGACUGCACUAGGGAAAUGGAAGCAGUUGGCAGCCUAGAGGGUCUGAAGCGAGACCUUCUCCUCAAGGCUAAGAAGAUGGGAUUCUCCGACAAACAGAUUGCAAACGCUGUUAAGAGCAACGAAGACGCCGUCCGUGCUCUUCGAUUAAGCAUGGGCAUUCGACCUUGGGUUAAGAAGAUUGAUACCCUGGCCGCCGAAUUCCCUGCUGACACUAACUAUCUAUACACCACCUAUAACGCCAGUUCUCACGACGUAACCUUCGAGGAUAAGGGUACCGUGAUCCUUGGCAGCGGUGUGUACAGAAUCGGUAGCUCAGUCGAAUUUGACUGGUGUGCCGUUAGUGCCACCCUUGCUUUGAGGGACAUGGGCGAGAAGACUGUCAUGAUCAACUAUAACCCCGAGACUUACUCGACUGACUUCGACACAGCUGAUAAGUUGUAUUUCGAAGAACUCAGCUACGAGAGGGUCAUGGAUAUCUACGAAUUAGAAAACGCAUCUGGUGUCGUGGUCUCCGUUGGUGGCCAGCUCCCGCAGAACAUUGCCCUGCGUCUUCAGGAGACCGGCAAGGCUAACGUCCUUGGAACUGACCCUAAGGACAUUGACAAGGCCGAAGACCGACAGAAGUUCUCUGAGAUUCUGGAUAGCAUCGGGGUUGAUCAGCCCGCCUGGAAGGAGCUGACUUCCGUUGCUGAUGCCGAAAAGUUCGCUGAACAGGUUGGCUACCCUGUCUUGGUUCGCCCUAGCUACGUUCUUUCUGGUGCUGCCAUGACUGUCAUUAGAAGCAAGGAGGAUCUGAAGGACAAGCUUGAGGCUGCCAGCAGUGUGUCUCCGGAUCACCCAGUGGUGAUUACCAAGUUCAUUGAGGGUGCGCAAGAGAUUGACGUUGACGGUGUUGGCCACCAAGGUAACCUGAUCCUCCACGCUAUCAGUGAACACGUCGAGCAUGCAGGUGUUCACUCUGGUGAUGCCACACUGGUCCUUCCUCCAGUCAACUUGGACGACAGGACCAUGGAGCGCCUAAAGGAGAUUGCCCAGAAAGUUGCGAAGGCUUGGAACAUCACCGGUCCGUUCAACAUGCAAAUCAUCAAAGCCGAUAACCCCGAGGGUGGAGAGCCAGCACUCAAGGUCAUCGAGUGCAACCUUCGAGCGUCUCGAUCCUUCCCCUUCGUCAGCAAGGUCCUCGGCACCAACUUCAUUGACGUUGCCACCAAGGCUCUUGUGGGCAAGAACGUUCCCGACCCUACCGAUCCGAUGGCUGUCAAGAGGGAUUACCUUGCUACCAAGGUCCCUCAGUUCUCUUGGACUCGUCUUGCUGGUGCUGAUCCUUUCUUGGGUGUCGAAAUGGCUAGCACGGGAGAGAUGGCCUGCUUCGGUAAGGAUCUCGUCGAGGCCUACUGGACAUCCCUCCAGUCGGCUAUGAACUUCCGCGUUCCCGAGCCUGGCGAGGGUAUCCUCCUUGGCGGUGAAACCUCGAAGCCUUGGCUCACCAAGGUCGUCGACUACCUGUCGCCUCUCGGUUACAAAUUCUACGCUGCCGGCCAAGACGUCAAGCAGUUCAUCGAGUCUACUACCAAGGACAAGGUCGCCGUGGAGGUAAUUGAGUUCCCCAGGGAAGACAAGCGAGCACUGCGGGAAGUCUUCCAGAAGUACGACAUCCGCGGUGUAUUCAACCUGGCUCUGGCUCGGGCUAAGACUACUAUGGACGUCGACUAUGUGAUGCGCCGAAACGCUGUCGACUUUGGCGUUCCGCUGUUUAUGGAGCCUCAGACCGCGAUGCUCUUCGCCCAAUGCAUGAACGAGAAGCUCCCCCGCAAGGAAGGCAUCCCGUCCGAAGUCCGCCGGUGGUCUGAGUUCCUGGGCGGUAAGCCCUUGUAAUUUACCUACGUCCUUACCUGAUACCCGGAAUUCGUAAACAAUUUCCACAUCUACACAUCUAUACUAAAGAAAGAAAAAAGAAAAAACCUAUCGCACCACCACCACCACCGCGAUGUUUUCUCUAUCGUUCCUAUCAAAUAAAAGAAACGAAAAAAAAAACCCACCGGAAAAAAACUUAUAGGCGUUGAGCUGGGAUUUCUUGCUCGAGGAGGCGGACGGGUCAAAAGUGAAAAAGGCCAAAAAAGGGGAAAGAAAGGUGAACGAUUUCCCAAACUUUUUUUUUUACCCCAUUCAUACGGCACUCCACCUCUCCUGAUAGGAAGAGAGAAAGGGACAGAAAGAGAGAGAGAGAGAGAGAGAGAGAGAGAGAGAGAGAGA